CAACAGUUUACCGAAAACACCGCAGACGUGAAAGCUCAACGUGCGAGCGUGGAAGGGGCGAGCGUUUUACGAAACUUUUGUUACAUUCGUACGUGCGUUUGAGCGCAAAAUAAUAUAUAUCCUUGUAGUGCAUACGUAUUUUUGUCCCGACCAGCUGCAAGCAUGUCCGCUAAAUUUGAGACCCCUUAUAGAUUGAAACCCACAGAGGACAGCGGAGACGAGGAGUCUCAAUCAAAGGAUAAUCAAAAGGCAGAAAAGGGUCCAUUACCUCCAAUAGAGAUAAGUCCAAACGAGCAUAAAUUACAGUAUGCUUAUGCACUGUGGUACAGUCGACGUAGUCCUGGCAAGACUAGCAUACAGAGUUACGACCAAAAUUUAAAGCUGGUCGGCAGGUUCGCGAGCGUGGAACAGUUUUGGGGUCUCUACAGUCAUUUAGUACGACCGUCAGAUCUUACGACGCACACAGACUUCCAUCUCUUCAAAGUCGGUAUAAAACCUAUGUGGGAGGAUGAAGCGAAUCAAAAAGGUGGCAAGUGGAUAGUGAGAUUACGAAAGGGUUUAGUUUCCAGAUGUUGGGAGAAUCUUAUAUUGGCAAUUUUAGGAGAGCAAUUUAUGGUAGGGGAAGAAAUAUGCGGCGCUGUUGUAUCCAUAAGAUUUCAAGAGGAUAUAAUAUGUGUGUGGAAUAAGACAGCGUCCGAUGUGACGAUAACAGCGCGGAUUAGGGAUACCUUAAGAAGAGUAUUACACCUUCCCCCUACUGCCACUAUGGAGUAUAAGACCCAUAAUGACAGUUUGAAGAAUGUACAUCGAAUGUGAAGUUGUACCAUUUCGUGGACGGGACAUAUAUUACAACUUUCCUGACAGACUUACGGCCGAUUCUUACUUCUCAGGAGAUCACAUGCAUCUGACAAGAAAGUAAAUAAGACGUGAAACGUUUGGAUAAUAUCCAUUUGACGAUACACUCAAUCACAAGUGUCUGUUAUAACUUAUGUAAAUAAUAUAUGAAUAUACAUUGGUCAUAAAUAAAUGAAUGUCCUUAUUGCUAACAUUUA